UUGGGAGUUGGGACCUAACAGCUAACACGUAACGCAAAAAGUUCUUUUGUUUUCUUAAAGAAUGUGCGUGUUUAUGUGAAUAAAGGGGAAGUCUUUAACAAAAACUAGGGUUAGGGUUCUUAAUAUCUCGAGAAAGGGGAAGAAAUUUGCUUUAAUAAAAUUCAGGUCUUUUUCUUUUUUCCCUGCCUGUCGUUCUUGUUCCAUUGAUCAAUUCGCAGGCUUGAUGGAUCUGGAGACAGAAAAUAGAAUAGCUGCAAUUCUUCUGAGAGAAGCAGCAGAAUUGCGGUGUCAAGCUGAGAAGGAAGGCGUGCAUGUUUAUCUUCAAAAACCUGGUAUAAGGGGCCGGCCGAAUUCACGGUUCCUCACAGCUACUGUUCGUGGGGUACAGCAAGCAAAUCGGGCAGUGGAAGUCAAUGAGAUGUGGCGGGUCCGGCAGAAAGAGCUUGAGUUAGAUGAUAGGCUUAAAGGAAGAUCAAGACAUGAGAGUAGCAGUAGCAGUCAACACAGGGAGAACAAUCGCUCCCCUAGAAGCACAAGUAAGAGACAAGCUGUAAAUGGUGACAACAGUAGUGCUUGCUCUUCAAGCAUAAAUAUACCUGGCAACUGCUAUUCCAGAGAAGAUGAAGGCUUGAGAGAUGAAGAAGUUGAGGAAUUUUUGCAUUCAAGGGUCAAGCGCGGUCGAGGUGCAGUAGGGUCAAGGAUGGAUGAAACAGGUCCUUAUCUCCCACGUUCUCCAGAAUCCAAGGAGAAACUGUCUUCUAGCCUCGACAGACGGGAGCAUCGAACUGUUCUGGGUCCAGAGAAGCCUUCACCAUUGAACUCUUAUGAAUCUUCAGAAGAGGAGCUUGACAAGGAUAGGCGAAAGAAGGCAAAGAAGGUUCAAUCGAGGAGUUCGGAUAAGCACUCUAAGAAGCACAGAAUGAAAGAACGAUCUAGGGAUAAGAAAAAGAAGAACAGGAAGGAGAAGAGAAGCAAACAUUAGUACACAUCAUUUUGUUCAUUAAUUUUUUCUAUACUUUGCAAAUUAGUUGUGGUGACCUUGUACAAUAGUUCAUGUUUUUGUAUAGACGCCAUAGCUAACUUAAUGUAAAAAGUCCUGAUGCAUGGAUGUGCUUGUAUUUGCAUUUCAGAACCACAAAAGUAUGCCGAGUUACCUAAC